CAAAAGUUUCACAGACGUCUACAAACAAAAAUGUACUUUCCAAGGCUGUUCUUUUGACUCUCGGUUUACUUACUGCCGAAAAGUUUUUGUUCGCUACUCCAGUCCUCCUUUUUUUCCAGAAGAAAUUCCAAAGUGCAUAAAAGUUGGGAUAAGAGAGCCUGUGAUUUGCCUCAAACAGGAUCGCCAGGGGUAUGGCUACGACAGAGACGGUCAGCAAGACUGAGGCAAAUAACUACAAAGACGACAUCCCACCUGAUCAGAAAAGCGACAUGACGGGCUCUAAGAAGUUAAUGUCUGCUUGUUCCCUGUCCAAACUGAAGGUAUUUUUAAUAUUAUUGUAUUUAGCCUAUCUGACCAAGACUAUGAGUGGAGCGUACAUAAACAGCAUGCUGACUCAGAUCGAGAGGCGUUUCAACAUCCCUGCCUAUCUGGUUGGAGUUAUCAAUGGAGCCUUCGAAAUGGGUGACCUACUGGUGAUCGUUUUUGUGAGUUACUUGGGAUCAAAACUUCACAGGCCACGCAUGAUUGGGCUUGGAUGUGCAGCCAUGGGUUUGGGAUGUGUUUUGAUAGCACUGCCUCAUUUUCUAAUGGGGAGGUACCAGUAUGAAACCACUGCUUCCUCUUCUGAAAAUGCUUCUUCAAGUAUGGCAGUUUGCCUUGCAAAUCAAAGUGACGUGUCCCAAUCUCCCUUGUUACCUUCAAAAGAAUGUGAGGAACAAGAAGGAUCUUUGAUGUGGGUAUCUGUGCUGAUAGGAAACAUAAUACGAGGAAUAGGUGAAACUCCCAUCACGCCUUUAGGCAUCUCCUACGUAGAAGAUUUUGCAAGAUCAGAAAAUUCUCCAUUCUACAUAGGCUGUCUACAAAUAGCAACUGUCUUAGGGCCUUUACUUGGUUUAAUGAUUGGCUCCUAUUGUGCCCAGUUGUACGUGGAUAUUGGAUUCAUAAACCUGGAGGAGGUGAUGAUAAACCUCAUGGAUGCCCGUUGGGUUGGUGCUUGGUGGCUGGGAGUUCUAGUAUGUGCCUUUGCAAAUUUCCUUGUUGCAAUCCCUUUCUGCUUCUUGCCCAAGACUCUGAUCAAAGAAGGGGAAGAAAACAAUGCGGAUGUAACAGCCAAGAGAAACAAAUCCCUCCUACAAGCAGAAAACACCAGCCAGGCUAAAAUAAAACUACGCGAACUUUCCAAGGAUUUUGUUCCUUACCUGAAGAGUCUAGCUCACAAUCGGGUUUACAUGCUUUUCCUUUGCAUUACCGUAUUUCAAUUCAGCGCUUGGAUCGGGAUGAUUACUUUUAUGCCCAAAUACUUGGAACAGCAGUAUGGAAUCUCUGCAUCGGACGCCAUUUUCUACAUAGGUGUCUACAAUUUACCAAUCAUAUGUGCUGGAUAUUUUUUUGGAGGCCUGAUGAUGAAGAAGUUCAAGAUAAACACAUAUCAAGCUGCCCACAUAGGGUUUUGGAGUUCCUUGAUUGAAUAUCUCAUCUAUUUCUCCGCUUUUGCUAUGUUCUGCAAGAACAGUUCUGUUGCUGGUUUAAGUGUCUCUUAUGAAGGGAUAGAAGAACUGUCCUACACAGAUGCAUACUUGUAUGCUGACUGUAACCGUCACUGCAAUUGCUCUACAAAGACUUGGGACCCUGUUUGCGGGGAGAACGGCAUUACUUAUGUUUCAUCAUGCCUUGCUGGGUGUGGCGUAUACAAUGGAACUGGGAAAAACACAGUCCUUACAAACUGUUCCUGCAUUUCAGCACCAGGAUUUCUAUUGGGAAAUGGUUCGGCGCUGCCAGGACAAUGCAACAGAGGGAAGACAUGUGACACAAUGCUGCAUUAUUUCUUAAUUUUAUCCUUAAUCUGCUGUUUGAUUUAUUCAUUUGGAGCCAUGCCAGGUUACAUGGUUCUCAUAAGAUCCCUAAAACCUGAGGAGAAGUCAUUUGGUGUUGGUCUCCACUCCCUGACAGAAAGACUUUUUGCUGGAAUCCCAUCACCAAUUUAUUUUGGAGCUAUGAUUGACAGCGCAUGUUUGAAAUGGGGAACAAAGACAUGUGGUGGAAUAGGGGCAUGUCGGAUGUACGAUACUGACAAAUACAGAUUGUUAUACCUUGGAUUGCCAUCAGCUCUCCGUGGGUUGUCCUACAUCCCAUGUGUGUUUAUACUCCUCAUUUUAAGGAAACAGGCCAAGGAUCAGAAAAGGCAGGACCUAGAAUUGGAGGCCAAAGAAGAAGAAAGCGAAGAAAGCAUGCAGAAGGAUAUGGCCGCUUUUCAGAAAUGUACAGAUUUUCAGCAAGAGACAGCAGAAACAACAGCGAAUGAAAACUCAGACCCCCCAAAAGACUUAUGAGGGGAAAAAAAACUGUAUCCCAAAGCAAUGAGGGGUAGGCUGCCUUAAUGCCUUUGUGUUCCUCAUAACAAUAUUUGAGGAAUACACACAUUUAGUACUCCAGAAAAUAGCGGGCAAUUAAAAUAGGUACAUUUCUACUGUUAAGGUUGUAAGAAAUACAUUAGAAUAGAAUAGAAUUUUUUAUUAGUCAAGUGCGAUUGGACACACAAGGAAUUUGUCUUGGUGCAUAGGCUCUCAGUGUAUAUAAAAGAAAAGAUACGUUCAUCAAGAAUUAUAAGGUACAAUACUUAAUGAUAGUCAUAGGGUACAAAUAAGCAAUCAGGAAACAAUCAAUAUCAAUAUAAAUUGUAAGAAUACAAGCAACAAAGUUACAGUCAUACAGUCAUAAGUGGAAGGAAAUGGGUGAUGGGAACGCUGAGAAGAUUAAUAGUAGUGCAGACUUAGUAACUAGUUUGACAGUGUUGAGGGAAUUAUUUGUUCAGCAGAGUGAUGGCAUUCAGGAAAAAACUGUUCUUGUGUCUAGUUAUUCUGGUGUGCAGUGCUCUAUAGCAUCGUUUUGAGGCUAGGAGUUGAAACAGUUUAUGUCCAGGAUAUUUUCACAGCCCUCUUUUUGACUCCUGCAGUAUACAGGUCCUCAAUGGAAGACAGGUUGGUAGCAAUUGUUUUUAACUUCUAAUACCAGGUUCUGAUCUGCUGGUGUUCUGUGUGUAUAUGUGCAAUUCAAUUAUUAUUAUUAUUAUUCUUUUAUUCAUUAAACAUGAAACUCUUUCAACUGAACAUUUAAAAAUGUAUCACAAAUACCAUUGACUGGUGCUAAUGGUUGAUACAGGUUGCUGCCAGCCUCCUAGGUAUCAACCAAGUACUUUCUUAAGAUGUACGAUGUUCUGAGUAGCACAAUUUUUUGCAGUGCCUCUGGUGUUAUUGCAGGAAGCUGCAAUUUCUUGAUGUGUUUUAUAAAAUUCUUGGACAUGGUACCAAGUGCCCCGAUGACAAUGGGUAUCACUGUCACAUGUUUCAUCCAUAACCGCGUAGCUUCCAUGGACAAGUCGCGAUAUUUCAUGAUUUUUUCCAGUUCUUUUUCUUCGACUCUGGCGUCUCCUGAUACAGCGAUGUCAAUAAACUGUACACUUCGGCCCUCAACAACCGUGAUAUCUGGUGUGUUGUGUUCCAAAUAACAAUCUGUCUGUAUUUG